UACGCUCAAUCUCAGUUCAACUGUGCAGUCUACGGUGGUCGAACAACUUAACUUAUUGACUUUAAAAUAAAAAGAAAUCUUCUUCGAAAAAAAAGAACCUCAACUAAGGACUUAAAUACACACAAAUAAAGUGGUGAUCAAAUAAAAAAAAAAAAAAGUGAAAGUGCUAAGAAACAGAAAUUUCUUAUAGCCAAUAAAAAAACAAUAACCAAAAAGAAUCAUGUCCUCCAUGAGACAGGAUUUAGCUAAACGCACCUUCUUCGUCCUUAGCGGUGUAACCAAUGUUUUGGGCAAGACAUUGGCCAUCGAAAUGUGUCGUGUAUACAGUGCCGGCUCCGUAGUCUUACUCAUCGACGUGUCUGAAGAAAAUAUGCAAGAAGUGAAGAAAGAAAUUGAAUUUCUCGAACGUGAUAUCAAUGUCAUUUGUUGGCCCGUGAAGGCGUGGCAAGAAACCUAUGGCGUGCACUUCCGUCAGCUACUCGCCGCCAUAUUUGAAAAGUACAGCGCCGUCAAGUGUGACUUUGAACUCGCUUUUAUACUACACAAUGAGGGAAAUUUGGCUACUGACAAAUUAAUGGAACCAGAAACUGCCGACGAUUGGUUAGCCUUUGUAGAUGAACACCUCAAUGCACCCGUUGCGCUCAAUCAGGCUUUCCUUAAAGCGCCACAACUGUCGAAGACCACAAAAUUGGUUAUUAACAUCACAUCCAGCCUGAUGAUCCGGCCAUUCGUGUACGAUUCAAUGAUGUGCUCUUGCUUGAGCGCACGUGAUAUGUACUUCCGUGCCAUGGCCAAUGCAGAGAAUCGCAACGGUGUGAAUGUUGUCAGUUAUUCGCCGGGUAUUUUGGAGACCCACAAGCCACAAUUGGAUUUGAAUAACAAUUUGGUCGAUUUAUUGGAUUUGAAGGUCGAAGAAAAAUUGCUGAAGCUGCCGCGUGUUAGUGCCAAGCAGUCUUCGCUUAAACUGAUUAACAUUCUGCAGGAAAUGUCCUUUAUUUCGGGACAUGACGUCGACUACUAUGACACCUUCAACUUAUGAGGAGCACUAAUGAAAUAUUAUCUCGCAUUCGUUGCUCAUGGAGUAAUGUGUGGUAAUAUUUCAUUAAAACUUUUUGCUGAAUUGUUGACCCGGCUGGCUGAUGCUGAUUUUGCUAAUGAAUACGCUGAAUAUUACAAAAAUAAAAUUAUACAAGAAAUUCUCUCGGCAGACAUCGAAGAUGGCGAAAACGAAGAUGAAAAAGAAAA